AAUCCCGCUACAAGAAGUCAAGAACACCCACCUUCCCUUAUAAGUCCUACAAUGAGACUACUAAUUCCUCUACAGAUCUCUUUCUUUUCUCUCUUGAGUCUUUUAUCUUGUUCCCCCUCCAGAAGCCUGAAAGGGAGAAAAAUGCCAGGCAAAAAAAUAGUUUCCUUCAAAAAAUUAGCCAAGAAAGUGAAGGUUAUUGGCGGAGGUAAAAACCAAGAGCCAUCACAACAUGAAUGUCUGCUCAGGGGAUUUGAGGAUGACAUGUCUCCUCCUGCAGCAAGAACACCAACAGGGUUUUUCGCGGUUUACGUGGGAGAGGAGAGGGAACGGUUCGUGGUGCCAACGAGCUUCCUUUCGCAUCCACUCUUCAAAAUGUUGUUGGAGAAGGCAUAUAGUGAGUAUGGAUUGGAUCAGACGAACAAGCUAGUGGUUCCAUGUAGUGCUUCUGCCUUUCAAGAGGUGGCAAAUGCUGUUGAAUGUUGUAAUGGGAAGUUUGAUUUUGGGAAAUUGGUUGAGGAGUUCUUGUAGAUUAGUUUAGUUAGGAAGAACAAGGGAUGAGAGAUUUUUCUCACUUUUUUCUUGAGUAGUCUUUUUGAGUAAUCGCCUAAUCGUGGUUUGAUCAUAAGUCCUGUCUUUUAGAUUAAUUAGAGUUUAUAACAGUUUACAGAAGAAGUUUUAUCUGGUCCUUUAUGUUCAUGGAGGCAGAGCAGCUGAGGUCCUUUUACUCAAAGUGAAUAGAGAAAACACUAAUUUGAUA